AUGAAGUUAAGAGUCAAAUCUAAGUAUGGGAGCAGAAUAGUAGAUUCCGUUGAUGAGAUGGCCGACUUGGGUUCUUUCUUAGAACUCAUCUCAGAGCCAUCUAGUUUAAAUCAGAAUUCACAACUAGAAGUGGCGAAUAUUAAAAGAGGGUUUCCACCUGUUUCGAUAGAUUUAUCAGCUUCCACAAUGUCAAUAGGAGACCACGGGAUAAGAAACGGCGAGCAGUUGAUCGUGGAGUUUCACAUAACAGGACAGAGUGAUGAUGUGGGAAAGUCUAGUGCCAAUGGUUCACGCACCAACCAAAGUCUAGAUAUACCAACGGUAUAUUUGAGUGAUUUGAAAAAGUAUUUAAUUCUUCGUAAUGUUCCCGAUGAUAACUCUUGUAUGUUCAAUGCUUUAGCGUAUGCCUUGAAUGGUCUGGAAUCGUAUAAAGAAGAUGGAAUUCUGCCACCGAAGUAUUUUAGAACAAUUGUGGGAAACUAUAUAAAGAAGAACCCUGAUGUGUAUAACGAGAUAGUAUUGGGUAAGUCGCCAGAGGAGUAUAGUACUUGGAUUGAAAAGAAGAACUCAUGGGGUGGGGCUAUAGAGCUAGGGAUCCUUGCUUCCGAACUAAAUAUAAGAAUUGACUGCCUUGAUAUUGAACUGGGAAACAUCAUUAAAUUCGAGAAUGAAAAUAAUGAACCAAAUAUGUUCAUAAUUUUAAUUUACAGUGGAAUUCAUUACGAUCUCUUGGCUCUUAACAGCGAGCUUUCGAAUGAUAGCUUUCAUAAAGCCAAGGAUGAGACUAAGUGGUUAAUAGCAUCAAGUGAACGAGAGAAUAUAAUUUCAGGCGCUAAGGAGCUAUGCGCGUUACUUCAACUGAAGAACUAUUCUACUAAUACUACAAAAUUUAGAGUGAGAUGUUUGGAUUGCUAUAAGGUUCUUGUAGGAGAAAUGGGUGCUAGUAAUCAUGCUAAUGAAACGGGACACUUUAAUUUUGGAGAAGUAAAGUGA